UGGUGGUGGAUCCUUUCUGUGCAUGUUGCUCUAGAAUACUAGCACAACUGAUUACAUACUACACGCACAGAGACACACAGAGAGAGGGUGUGUCUGACUGUCUCAUGAUACUCUGUCGUGGAUGGAUGGAGUCAAUUCGUGGCAAGAUUUGGAGCAAAUCUGCUCCAGGAUCUUGCUUUCCAUGCGCGGGGACUUUCUUAGUCAUCACACCUUCUUUUCCCCUCCUCCUCCUUCGCUUUACUUUCCAUGAUUCCAUCACAUCACAUCUCCUCGAAUCCUUUCAUGUGCUUGUGUGUAUAUAUAUAUGUAUUGUAUCUACUCAACCACACCCACAUCCUUCAUCAUUCAGAAAGCAUAGCACAGCAAAAGCCUCUCAUGCCAACAAACCCAAGCACACACACCUCCAGCCUUCCUUCUUCUACAACUCUUGCUUCCUGCAGCUCUACUCUCUUGUUUCGAUCGGCCAUGGCGGCGGCGGCGGCGGCGGCGGUGGCCACAGAGACUCCGUUCCAUGUCCUGGCGGUGGACGACAGUCUCCCGGACAGGAAGCUCAUCGAGAGGCUCCUCAAGACCUCUUCCUUCCAAGUGACCACUGUCGACUCAGGGAGCAAGGCGCUGCAGUUCCUGGGACUCCAUGACGACCACAGCCCUGUUCCUGUCCACACAGACCAGCUGGAUGUGGCAGUGAACCUGAUCAUCACAGACUACUGCAUGCCCGGCAUGACAGGAUAUGACCUGCUCAAGAAGAUCAAGGAGUCGUCGUCUCUCAGAGAUAUCCCAGUGGUGAUCAUGUCCUCUGAGAACAUUCCUUCAAGGAUCAAUAGGUGCCUGGAGGAAGGAGCUGAUGAGUUUUUCCUAAAACCAGUACGGCUAUCAGACAUGAACAAGCUCAAGCCCCACAUACUGAAAAGCAGAUGCAGAGAGCACAAUCACCAGGAACAGCUCCAGCAAAGUGACAGCAACAGCGAGGAAUGCAGUAAUCCCACGAGCAGCAGCAGCAGCAGCGGUAGCAGCAGCAACCGCAAGAGAAAGGGAGCAGACAACGAAGAAAUCUUGCCCCAGGCAAACAGAUCAAGGCAUAGUUAGCUGCAAACUGACUAGUACCGCUAACCUUUUUUCUGUUUUCCUUGGUCAUUUGCCUUAUACUCAGUUUUGGGCUUUUGGCCUACUGAUUUAUAACAUAGAUAUUAGCACUAGAUUUGCAAAAUAUAAUGGAAUCUGUAAAAGGAUACUGCUUGAGUCAAAUCAAGUGAUUCUGCAACAAAUUUCCCUGUUUCAUAUCAGAAAACCAGCUGAGAUAACAA